CUUUCACAACAGAGAAAGAGGCAACUACAUUGCCUGGAAGAAGCCUAAGGAAGUCAGACAUCCAGCUGCCCACCCCUGAGCCCAAGAUUCUUCCCAGGAACACAAACGUAGGAUACAUAUGCUCCUGGAAGCACCAGCCUUUAUCUCUUCACCUUCAAGUCCCCUUUCUCAAGAAUCCUCUGUUCUUUGCCCUCUAAAGUCUUGGCACAUCUAGGACCCAGGCAUCUUGCUUUCCAGCCACAAAGAGACAGAUGAAGAUGCAGAAAGGAAAUGUUCUCCUUACGUUUUGUCUACUAUUGCUUUUAGAAGCCGCAAUAAAUCCCAGUGGGACUAGCACCUCUGCCAACACUGGACCCACUGUGACCUCCAGUGGGGCCAGCACAGUCACCAACUCAGGGUCCAGUGUGACCUCCAGUGGGGCCAGCACAGCCACCAACUCUGACUCCAGCACAACCUCUGGUGAGGCCAGCACAGCCACCAACUCUGAGUCCAGCACAACCUCCGGCGGGGCCAGCACAGCCACCAGCUCUGAAUCCAGCACACCCUCCAGUGGGGCCAGCAUAGCCACCAGCUCUGAGUCCAGCACAACCUCCAGUGGGGCCAGCACAGCCACCAGCUCUGAGUCCAGUACAACCUCCAGUGGGGCCAGCACAGUCACCAGCUCUGACUCCAGCACACCCUCCAGUGGGGCCAGCACAGCCACCAGCUCUGAGUCCAGCACAACCUCCAGUGGGGCCAGCACAGCCACUAGCUCUGAGUCCAGUACAACCUCCAGUGGGGCCAGCACAGUCACUAGCUCUGACUCCAGCACAACCUCCAGUGGGGCCAGCACAGUCACCAGCUCUGACUCCAGCACAACCUCCAGUGGGGCCAGCACAGCCACCAGCUCUGAAUCCAGCACACCCUCCACAGGGGCCAGCAUAGCCACCAGCUCUGAGUCCAGCACAACCUCCAGUGGGCGCAGCACAGCCACCAGCUCUGAGUCCAGUACAACCUCCAGUGGGGCCAGCACAGUCACCAACUCUGACUCCAGCACAACCUCCAGUGGGGCCAGCACAGUCACCAGCUCUGACUCCAGCACAACCUCCAGUGGGGCCAGCACAGCCACCAACUCUGAGUCCAGCACAACCUCCAGGGGGACCAGCACAGCCACCAACUCUGAGUCCAGCACAACCUCCAGGGGGACCAGCACAGCCACCAACUCUGAGUCCAGCACAAACUCCAGUGGGGCCAGCACAGCCACCAACUCUGACUCCAGCACACCCUCCACUGGGGCCAGCACAGCCACCAGCUCUGGGUCCAGUGUGACCUCCGCAGGCUCUGGAACACCCGCUCUGACUGGAACGCACACAACUUCUCACAGAGUUAACACAAGUGCCUCUACUGCAGUGAGUGGGGCGAAGCCUGGGGGGUCCCUGCUGCCAUGGGAAAUCUUCCUCAUCACGCUGGUCUCGGUUGUGGCGGCCGUAGGGCUGUUUGCUGGGCUCUUCUUCUGUGUGAGAAACAGCCUGUCCCUGAGAAACAUCUUUAACACAGCUGUCUACCGCCCCCAUGGCCUCAACCAUGGCCUUGGCCCAGGCCCUGGAGGGAAUUGUGGAGCCCCCCACAGGCCCAGGUGGAGCCCUAACUGGUUCUGGAGGAGACCAGUAUCCUCGAUAGCCAUGGAAAUGAGCGGGAGGAACAACGGACCCUGAGCAGCUCCCGAAGCGAGUGCCGCAUUCUUCAGGAAGGAAGAGACCUGGGGACCCAAGACCUGGUUUCCUUUCAUUCAUCCCAGGAGACCUCUCCCAGCUUUGUUUGAGAUCCUGAAAAUCUUGAGGAAGACAUUCCUCGCCUCUCUUGCCUUUACCAGACACUGGAAAGAGAAUACUAUAUUGCUCAUUUAGCUAAGAAAUAAACACGUCUCAUUUAACA